CCAAAUAAACGAUUCACAUAUGUGAUGGCUGGUUGGGAGGGAGCUGCAAAUGACUUCACAAUUCUUAAGGAUGCACUAUCCUUGCCCCCACCAAAUGGUUUGAGAGUCUACGAAGGAAAAUAUUAUUUGUGUGAUGCUGGAUACCCAACCAUGCCGGGAUUCAUUGCUCCUUAUCGUGGUGUACGAUAUCACUUGAAAGAACAUAGUGGAAGAGUUCCUAACAAUCGUCGAGAGUUAUUCAAUCUUCGGCAUUCAUCACUUCGUAGUAAGAUAGAAUGCACAUUUGGAAUCUUAAAAAGUCGAUUCAAGUUUCUUUCUGCCAAACCUCAUCAUCCUUUCCCAAGUCAAGUAAACAUCGUAAUUGCAUGUACUAUUUUACAUAAUUAUAUUGCUAUUAUUGAUCCGAAUGAUAAGUUCUUGAAUGAGUUUAUGCAUGUAAAUGAGGAGGAUGGAGAUAUCUUGAAUGAAGAUGCAUCCAUUACUGAUUUUACACAACAAAUGACUCAACGAGAACAACUUGAUACGCGGGAAGAGUGGAAGUCACGGCGAGAUCAAAUUGCAUAUGAAAUGUGGAUUGAAUAUUGUAAUCGACAUCGUAAAGGAGUCACGUAUGAGAUACCUUUUUGAGAUUUAUAUGUAAUGUUUGUAAUGUGCUAUGUUAUGGAAUUUAAACUUUGUUAUGAUUUGUAGGAUUUGAACAUUUCAACAUGUAUGCAAUGUGGUAUGUAGUGUUGCUUUAUGUAGAA